AUUCAACAAGUCAAUACAUCAACCGCACUUCCUGAUACACCUGUUUGUCAGGUAGUACUCAUUUUGCUGCGCAACGGAGAAAUUGAGUCACGCCGAACGAAAGAAUGGAAGGACUUCUUCUAAAGCUUUGACGUGUUUCUUUUUCUUUUUUUUUUAAAGUUACAUUUAGGCUACCGCGAUCGGAUGUUUUUGUAAAUCCUAAAAUGCAUCGAGAGUGCCAAAGGAAUAACUCACUCCACGUCGUGUUGCUGUUCAAUUUGCUCGUUCUUUUUGCUCCUUCACUAAUCUUCGCUAUCACAGUGAGUUCACCAGCAGAGCUCCAUGCAUCCACAGGAGACACUGUCACACUGUCCUGCACUUUCACUUCCACAAGCCGACCCACCAGCAAAAUGACUGUCGACUGGUCCUACAGACCCCAAACUGGAGGGCCGCCACAGACUUUCUUCCACUUCUCUUCACGUGCCUUCCCUCCUGUAGAGGGCCAGUUCAGUGGGCGGAUUCAGUGGCGAGGAAGCCCAGCAAGGGGGGAAGCCUCCAUCUCUCUGAUCAAUUCCACACUGAAUGAUAAUGGCACCUACACAUGCUCAGUCAGAAAUCCGCCAGAUGUCCAUGGGAACCCUAACUCUCAUAUAGUACUCACUGUCACACCAAAGGUGCCCAGCCUUCGCUUCUCAGAUGUUGCAGUCCUCCUGUUUUUCAUCCUCAUCCCUUCCACCGUUAUUACCCUCAUUCUGAUUGGUCAAAUGCUCUGCCCCAAGAGAGAGCGCAGCCAAUCCCAGGGCUACAGAUCAGCCAUAGAGGUCGCAGAUGGAGAGGAGUAUGACAACGGUCUAGUGGGGAGCAAGCACAAGGGGGCCACAUGCUGUGACCUAGCUCUGACGGACUCUGAGUAUGAAUACGACUACAACAUGAAACAGUUCUCACCGACAACUGAAGGUUAUGCUGACUCUCGUUGCUAGAGAGCUGCCGGCUUGCUUACUUGUUGAUGUUAAGACCUUACCAAAUGGAAAUCAAUGGUGAAUUAAUGUACGUGUCAACCUCUCAGCUGGUCAGUUCGGCAAAGAGGUGCACGUGACGUGAAGGAGAUACAUUUUGCCUAAUUUAUUGCCUUGUCAUUGCUGCUGAUGUCUUAUUUAGGUGUCACGUUUGUGUCAUAUUAUUUGGUUAUGAAAUAAAGAUUUUGAUUUUGACUGUUAAUUAAUAUUAUGACUGUACAUAAUGUGUAUCUAUGAUAGAUUGUCACUUUAAUUUUGUAAAACGACAUUUUCUGGAUGUGAUAGUCUGUGUAAGAUUCAUAUUUUAAAAACUUUUACAUUGACACAUUUUUAAUGAUCUCAGGAUUUCCACUUGAUGAAGAAAAAAAGCCUUUUGAGUGAGAUGCCUUGUCACAGUAAGAGAACUCAUUAGGACAAUGUAUGCAAAGUCAGUCUGUUGGUAAAGCCUAAUGGUUAUAGCAUUGGCAGUGUCCUCUUCGUUCUGUUUGUUCUGUUGAACUGUUCAUAAAUGUUUCUUUCAAUAUUCAUGGAUUUUUGUGAGUAUUCUUUUAAGAUCUCUCAAGGACAGGCAGGAGUUAUUUGACAUGAGAAUGAUAAGGCUUAAUAAAACUAUGUAGAAGAAAAAACAUGCAAAAAGCAAUGAGUCCUCAUUCUGUCUCAUAUAUUUUCACUUUCUUAUUGAGCUCAUACUCAGCCCCCAAGCUUUUAAUAAUUCAAACACUGCCAUGUUGUAAUAAUUAUCAUUCCCACU